UAGAUCUGUAAAGUAAAGAACUUGUUUGGUUUUGACACCAGCCAAGGAGAUACAGCACUCGCACCUAAUCUACUUAGGACAAGUCAACUAAUCUGUGAAGUAAGAUUAAUGCUUAGCAACGAGAUAACAUAACAUAAAUAUCUUGGUACUUGACGUGAUAAAUAGCGCCCUCGAAACAGUGAAAACAAAGCACAGAAUAAUUCGAUGGCGAGCGAUUUGGAGUUCAAAGAUGAUGGCAACGAGACGAUGGAAGAAGAAUUGAUGAACGGAUUUUCUGUCCACUUUGAUAUCUAUCCUGUCAUUGUUGCAGUAUUGAUAGUCAUCGCCAAUGCCACCGCUCUGAUCCUGAUUCUUCGUAGAAAGAAACUCCAAACUGUGAGCAAUGGUAUAUCAGCAAGCUUAGCAGUGAGUGAUUUUUUGGCUGGUGCGGUAGGGAUACCUUUGUACCUGGCCUGUAAUGUCACUCACACUCCAUCGUGGUGCCUCUCUAGCGCUGCCUUCUGGAGGUUUGUAUCCGUCUCUACAGUUCUGCAUUUGACUAUUUUGACGUUGCAUCUGUUUGCCACAGUGGUUCACGCUUUAAGAUAUGAUUCCCUCUCAAGGCAAAGAGUUUCUGUCUGUCUGGUAUGCGCCUGUUGGGUCUGUGCUGCCUUUGUGUCUCUUAUUCAGCUGUCUUGGAUCAUCUAUCCGGACGACAAUUAUUAUGAGCACAAGCUUCGAGUUCACCGAAUUUACUCCAUCGUUGUGAUGAUCCUCUUCCUCGCUGUACCGUUGGUUACGAUGGUUUAUUGCUACACACGUAUUUUUGCUCUUGUUCGCUUGUACAGAGUGGAGAAACAGGCACAGCUACGGAAGGUCCGCUCUCUUGACGACAACCAAAACCAAACGUUCCCUAAUGUUGCAUUGAAGUGGAAAGUCGCUGUGGUGUUUGCAAGCAUGUUAGCCGUGUUCCUCAUUUGUUGGGCGCCAUACUUCAUCCUGGAACUUAUGGAGGACGGUGAAACUCUGGAGUCAUUACCUUUUGGGGCAGUGUAUUUCAUGUUUUACUACACAAGAUUCACUGCCUCCGCGAUCAACCCAGUCAUUUUGGUUCUGGGAAAGCGCGAUUUCCGAUCUGCCCUCUACGAAUGUUUAAGGUGUUGUCUUACCUCAAAGAAAAACAAACGGGCUCGUGGAACAAUCGAUUUUCUCGUUUAAAACGAUAAAGCGACUUAGACAAGAAUUGAAGCGUAGAAAGGUGAUGACUGAUCAGAACAAACGGGUUUGAAUUAGUUGUUAAGUGCUGGUAGAUGUUAAAUCUCCUAACUAGCGAGGACAAAUUGUUGAUAACAAUCUCGAAAUAUGAUCAAAAACAGCGUGUAACAAUAGUUUGAAUUAUAAGCUGAGAACUCUGGAGGGUCCCACAUUCAUGAAGAAAUUAGGUUGUUCAUUAAGGAUCUACCACACAUUUUAUGACGUCAUAACGGUAGUAGUUGCAUUCCAUUUACGUUGCUUGGUUGAAGUUAUGUUUGAUUCUCCCAAAUGCAACGGGAUUACUUUUCUCCUUAAUUAAAUUUUUAACCUCAAAUCGAAUUAGCACAUUUUUCUAAUUUUCCGUGAUUUAACAGCAUACUCUCACGUACAACUGUACACGCGACCGAAAUUGAAAAUUUUAACCAAAAAUAAUUCAGUUACCGCUUGAAAGUAGCGAUUCUUCAGUGUCAUCGGAGAUUUGACUUUGUAUCACACGGUGCAAUAGAUGACAGUGGCACUGUUCAAAUUUUGCUGUGGUAAAAUCACAACUUGAACCCCAACCAUUCUGGUGGCUGUACCCUUUUUUAACAACCGAGAAUUACAUUUUCUUUUCAGGAAAAAACGCCGGUACAAAUGAAAUUUAAUUUAUGGGAUUGCAAAUUAGAGGUUUAUGUGCUGGUAUGAAUUUCUGUGAUAUUUGAUAUUAAUUGGUUUCGCUGUUAAGUCGCUGAAUCGGAGGACAUGCUUGUUUGCGACGGUCUCUCUCUAGCUGGAGGAAUUAUCUUUCUUCAAGAUUACAAAUGGUGAGUGGCCACUUAUUGUGUAGGUCUGGAUUGCCAAGUCUGAAAUUCUCCACCUCUAACUCACAGAUAUAUCGAUUUAUUCUCAUUGAAAAAUCAAAAAUUUAUUAUACAGAAAAAUACAAAUUACCAGCGCAAAACUUGAACUGAAAUACUAAGCAACCUUUAAGAAACCCUCUUAAAGAAUAA